ACUUUUUAUUAGUAUCUACAGGAUUAAUGCAGCUAAUAUAGUAUAUUCGCAACCAAAACAAAGAUUAAAUUCUAAAACGUAUAAUGAAGUGAAUUUUACAACGAACACUUAAGUAGUGCAUGACGUACGAGAACUCAAACAUUACCUAGUGACGAUGUGCUACAUCACUAAAUCGAUGACCAUCAUCAUAACACUAUACUCCCGUGUCGCUGGGUGAUCCUAAUGUACCGAGUGACCAGUAUUAUAAUGACGUUCGUAGACCUUCACGCGAAAUAUUCCUGAAAAAGCAAGGUUAUGUGCAGGGGAUGAUCGUGAGGCCGCGAAACUCCGAACUGCCUUGGGUGGAAGUGUACAGGGGGAUACCAUACGCCGCGCCACCUAUAGGACACUUAAGGUUUAUGCCACCAAGCAGCACUUUAUAUACCUGGCAAGAAACAAAGUACGCGUACGAAUUUGGACCUGUGUGUCCACAGAAAUUUCCAGACGAAUCUACAAUGACAGAAGAAAGGAAGCGAUACUUCUUGAGGUUGAAAAAGUAUUUACUCAACGAGAGCGAAGACUGUUUAUAUUUGAAUAUUUAUGCACCGUACCAAGAAUCAAGCACACAUUCCCGAACUUAUCCAGUAAUCGUAUACUUGCAUGGCGAAUCCUUCGAGUGGAAUUCAGGAAAUCCGUAUGACGGCAGCGUGCUGGCGGCUUACGGCAAAGUCAUCGUCAUCACACUAAACUUUAGAUUAGGAAUUCUAGGAUUUCUCAAAGUUGAACCGGAAGAGGCUAAGAUUCAAAGCAACUUCGGCCUAGUCGACCAGUUGGCAGCAUUGCUGUGGAUCAAAGCAAACAUCGAAGCUUUUGGUGGUGACCCGACCAAAGUAACAUUGAUGGGACAUGGUACUGGAGCGGUAUGCGCCAGUCUUCUUACCAUCAGUCCCAUGGCUAUACAUGAAGGAAAAAAACUCUUCCAUAGAGCCAUAUUGAUGAGCGGUACAGCUUUAGCAGACUGGGCAGUGGUCAGCAAACCUCUAGAUAUCUCCAUACAAGUAGCCCAAUCAUUAAACUGUCAGUUACAUGAUAAUUUUUCAGACUGUUUACGAAGAAAAAGGUUGGAUCAAAUUAUGUCGUCUGCGGCAGUUAGCGAUCCGUAUAGGACAACCUUUGGACCUGUGGUGGAUAAUAUAUUUGUGCCUAACGACCCGAAAAAGUCAAUGGCCCAGUACACGGACAUAUUUAAAAGAUUUGAGCUGAUGUACGGUGUCACGGAAUUGGAAAGCAUCCAUUUACCUUUGGGCGGAGAUACAGCUCUUAUUCAUGGAAUGUUCGAGGAACAAAAAGACGAAGAACUCAGUAAAUACAUGCGCACUCGGUGCGAAAUCAAACCCAACAUUUGUUUUUUGGAAACAAGGGCCAAAUACAAAUAUGACGCAAAUUUAGAAUUGCAGAGAGACCAAGACAGAUACAGGCACUUUGCGGCGGAGGAGCCAGACAGAGCGAGCCUGGCUAGAGAUGAAUUACUGGAUAUAUUAUCGGACGCUAGGACGGUGGCCUCCGUUAUCCAGACGGGGUUGUACCAUUCCGCCCUUAAUAUCCAGUCUUACUUCUACGUCUUCACGCACAAGACGCAGUCUAAGCAGUACAUCAGGAACAAGACGUACAACGGGGAAGAGCUGCCGUACGUAUUCGGCGUGCCGGUCGAAGGUCCCAAAUUUCAUUUCCAAGACGGCUUCUACACAGAAGACGAGAAGAGAUUCUCGAUGACGGUCAUGAGAUAUUUAUGUAACUUCGCCUACACCGGAAAUCCUAACGUACCUAAAAACAACUAUCCUGUAAUGGAAUACGACAGAUGGCAUCAGUUUGACAAGGAGUGGCUUCCAUUUGACGAGAACCAACAGAACUACCUUCAACUAGGCAUUCCAAUUCGUCAUGAACAAUUCUACCGAAAAGAACAGAUGGAGUAUUGGAAUAACUUAUUUCCGAACAUUUCUAAACAUAUAUCUUCCAAGAAUCCACUACCAUGGGUCCACCAUUCUGAUCGUUUAGAAAAUUUUAACAAUUUCGACAACUUUAAUAAGAGUUUAGAUUUCGAAUUGGACAAAAUCGCACAAAUGUUUGGCCCAUCAAACAGUAGAGGGCGCGCAAACCAAGACGUUUAUGGUAAAGUUAUUACUGCCCCACCUGCGCCUCCUGAAGAAGUGAAACAAAGUGUACCGACACUUAGUGUACUACUUGUUGUAGGGGUACUAUUUCUGUUUGCAAAUUUAAUUAUAUUUGUUUUUCUUUACUAUAAAUGUAUAAAAAACAAGAAGAAUCACAGUCAAGUAUCACCGGAGGAACACUUAUCGGAAGAACAGGACCAGAAAGUAGACUCAAAUAUUCUUGUUUCUACCUGUAAUAUGAUUAGAUUUUGUUCCAAACCUUCGAAAGAGGAUGGAGAUUAUGAUGAUGUAGAUAUUGAAUCUAAAAAUGUAUCCAAAAACAAACUUACUAGAGUAGCUUCAAAUAGCACCAUAGAUGCUCACGCUAAAGUAAGAGAUUGGAUAGCCAGCGAGAUAGUUCUUAAAUAUAGUCCAAAAGAGAAAAGAAAAAAUAAGAAAGAUAAAUCAAAAGUGAAAUCUAAGACAAAAACUCAAGAGGUCCCGAUACACUUUCCAGUUGAAGAAAAUACUUCAAUAGAUAAAUGUCCUACACGACCAGUGAGCCCCAUUGAAGAAUGCCCUAUAACAAAAUCACUCUUGAUCAAAACUGCCAGUAUAGACAGAUCAAACCACAGGCGUAGACCUGAUAAAGUCUCCGUGGCAAUAGAUGCUACACCUGCUGGAAGAGGACCCAGUGUUCUUAUGCAACAACCCAUUGAACUAUCCAAAUCCGUAGACUAUCCUGGUAUAUCCCCAGGUCCACUAAGACGAUCUUUAACCGUUGAAGACUUUUCACCUCGUAGGAAAGAACAUUGUGCGGAUGAUCUCAGAAAAAGCAUUACAAGUAUUAAUUUAAAUAACAUCGAAACUGAGCCAACGAUAAUCAGGAUAGAGCACGGACAUUCUAAGUCAGAUCCUGUGCAGGAUUUGGAUUAUCAGGUUAUCAAGCGAUUGAGAACUUUUGAUCCUAAUGCCGAAGUGAAUGUUACUUCUAGAGAUGAAAAUAUGGAGACAGUUUUACCUCUAUCCCCUGAAGAAGCCUUGAUGACAAUAAAAAGGAGAAAUUUUCCUAAAGUUUUACCUGAUCAUCCAGGAAGAGAGGCGUUUCUUAGUAAACGUCGUUCAAUGCCAGUUCAUAAUAUAUACGCUCCAAUUAAUGAAGGCUUCCAGUAUUCUAACUCUGAACCAUAUUCUCCUACAGGUAGGAAUUUUAUGAGGUUUCCUCCGAUGCCUCCUCCCAGGACAACAACUUUAGGAAGACAGGGAAGUAAUCCUCAACCAAUAUGCCUGUCUGAACCAACUUUAGCUGAAGAACCACCGUCAUCUCCUGAGCCCGAAGUUGCCUGUAACAACUUGUACGUUGGGCCUCUGAUUCCAAAAAACAAACAAGAUGCUCAGAAGAGUGUUAAAAUUGAAGCUAGAUCGAUUCCACGAGCUAUAAUAACAACUAAUCCGAAUAAUCCUAUUAAGAGACCUGAUCCUAAGGUAAUUGUCAAACCAACAAUCAACAAAAAUAAGAAUGAUUCGAAAUAUAUACCAAGAGUUGUAGUGCCGGAUAACAGACCUGAAAUUUAUAGCAAACCAAGUAAUAUAGUAAAUAAGGAUUUAGGUGAAAGUGUUAAUGAAGAUGACAGGAAACUGAAUGAGGGUGAAGAUAGAAGGUUGAAGAAGUCACAAAUUCCUACAUUGGUAAAGAGUUCGAAUGUAAGUUUGAACAAGGAUUCUUCUAGUUCGGAAUCGAACUCUCCGUCUUCGGAAAGUUCUGAUACUGGUACAGUAGUAAAGAAAGUGUACUUGUAGAUUAUGCGUUAAUAAAACCAAAUAAUAUAUUAGCCAGAAAUCAAAGGAGAAUUUUCUAGUUGUGAAAUUUCCUGCCUUUGUAAAGUCUUGACAUGAACUAAAAGAAUAUGUAUGUGUAGUUUUAUAUAUUGAUGAAUGUUAUAAUUACCUACAAAUAUUUAGGUUACCAAACUGUAUAAUAUUAUUUUUAGAUUUUAAAAUUUUGAUAUAAAAACACUAUAUUCUUAGAUGUAAUACCUUGAGAUAGGACAUAACAAAUCUACCUAGUUAAUAUAAGUUUCAAUAUGAGUAUUUAAUAAUGUUAGAAAGGUUUUGGUAGUAGUCAAAAAAUAAAUAUCAGUGAUUAUUUAAUGCUUUUAGUUAGAUUGUUAUGUAUUUAAGACACAUUGGUUGAGACGUGGUUAGGAAUUGUAUAUUCAGCCUUUUUUAGGUAAUUUAUUAAUACAGUGCUGCCUAACAGUUUAAUAAUAUUCCAAAUAUCAACUCUAUGUAUUUAGUUUUGAAAAUAAAACGCAAUAAGAUAUUAAUGUAAAAAAGAAAUAUAAAGAUGUACCUGUAAAAGGAUUGGUAGUUAAUUAUUUUUAAAAUAAUUUUUAAAAUAUGUAUUAAAAAAUAUAGAAUUAAAAGAAUAAAUAGCUUAGAUUAAUUUUGAUCUCUGUGUAAAUAUGCUGUAAGAUGAGAUACUUAUUAAUAAGUACCUAAUAAUCUAAUUAAUUAAUUCCCACUUAUUAUUAUUGUUUAUAGUAAUAAUUUAUUUAUUUAUAAGCAUAUAUUUUAGCGUUUUAAUUUAGUGUAACAAUAGCGAAUGAUACGGUAAUUUUUAUUAAUUAAAAUUAUUAUAAAAAUAGGCUAAUUAAUGAGGUAUUCUAAAUAUAACAAUAUGUAAUACUAUAUAAGUACCUAUAUGUAUAAGCAUUUUAAUUGACUUUAGUUAUUAGUAACGUGGUGUCUUAUUUUUUUUACUUUGCUAUUUUUUCCCAGUCACAAAUAUCUUUUUGAUUUUUCCUACGAUUUUCUACAAAUUGUAUUAAUAUAUCAAUUAUUCAAAGAUACAUAAAAUGGCUAAACACCUAGUAUAUAUGUCCUGCUUAAAUUAUAUUUGAAAUAAAUAGAAGGGGAAUAAAAUAUUUUGAUAAGCAACAAGACUGAUAUUUUACAUAAAUUCGAAUACCUAUUACAUCAACUGUCUUAUUUAUGAUGUAAAUAUAGAUUUAUUUAUAUAGU